GAUUUAUUCGUUGUGACUUACGUCUUUGUCAUAUAUAGAUAAGUAAUAAACUUCAUAAGAGCAAUGUUUAUAUUGAGAGGUUAGAAGUGUUAAUAAUUUCAAUCAUAUAUGUUGAGAAAACCUGAAUAAGUCUGCAUAAGCCUGCAGUUAUAAAUACUAAUAAGCUGUUAUUAAAUGGGCUGCACGGUGCUGUGGUGGCUCUCCGGGUUCUCAGGCUCCCUCCCUUCCACAGUCCAAAGACAUGCAGCUCAGGUUAAUUAAAGACUCUAAAUUGCCCGUUGGUGUGAAAUUGAGCGUUACUAGUUGUCUGUCUCUAUCUGUGCCCUGCGCUAGUCUGGUGACCUGUCCAGUUUUAUGUUUUAAAUAAUGCAUAUAGAAAGAUAAUUUACAUAGGAGAUAUGAUGAGGAAUAUUCUGACUAAUGUAUUAUGAAAGCAUAGAAAAGUAUGAUCACUGUAUUAUAUUUGUAACUAAUGUUAAUUGUAUGAUGUUUUAUUGUUAUCAUAACUAUAGGAUGGUGACGGUAUGAAUGAGAUGUGUUUUUUUUAUUAUGAGAGAGCUGCGUUCCCCGGGAGAUAGAUGGCUGUUUCCUGUUCAGGCUCUUAUUCUGAAAAGAAAGCGGUGAACAGCUGCUGUCCCUCAAGGCGCGUAGCUCGGUGGGUUUGAAAUGCUGGGAGCGAGAGGAGAGCCUGCCAGCGGGGCGAUGCAUGACAACACAAGACUGACUGGGAGCUUUAAGCUCACUGAAUGGAGACUGUAACGGUCCUGUUGAACCGUAGAGGGGUGGUGUCCUUCGAGCAGCUGCUAUUGGAUAUAUCUGAGGCGUUGGGUUUUCCUCGCUGGCACAGAGCCAGAGUCACACGCUUGUACACGACCCACGCACGAGAGGUGAAAGGUGUAUGUGAUUUCUUUCGUGGCGAAGUGGCCUUCCUGGCGGUGGGGAAGGCUCGUCCAGAGCUGGGCGAUGUGCAGGAGGCUCUGGAGGAGCUGUUUCCAGAUCAUUCCCAUUACCGGGCUGAUGCACUACAGGCCUGGGAGAAAAGACUUCGUCCAGUGCCAGAUAAAGCAGCAAAGGCUGACAGUGGAUACAGUGAGGGGACAAGCAGUAGCAAGACUCACACUAACCAGGAGACUCACCGGGACACAAAUACACGUGUCAACAACCAUGCGAUUACUCACACAAGUACUCAGCCGCCUCACUAUUUAGACACAAACCAGCCUGAAGAUUACAAGUUAGAGGCACGGGAGUGUCAUAAAAAGAAUUCAUGCGGAAAACCUUCUCACCUGCCCAACAACCUGCAGAGACUGUGUGUCAGGGGCGGGGUCAAAGCGCGACAGCCUUCUGUCAUUGGUCCAUUUAAACAUGAGGAAAGUCUUAAAGAAGCAGACAUAUUCUCUCCUACACUGUGUGAAGACUGCUUAGCAAGGAGAGUUAAACAUCAAGUCCCAGAGCGGCUCAAUCUACUGUCAGGGAAGGUCCCACUUCCUCCUGUGUCAAGGAAGCAAAAAGGAAGCUCAUAUGCAGAACAGGAAGUGAGGAAAUUGCACGUUCACAUCAGCCCUACACCUCCUCAGCCAAUCAGCAGACAAGAGGAAAAGACUGUGGCCCAAUUCAUUUCAAAUGUUCUUCCAAAUGUGGGUAAAGUAGACAAAGAGAUUCAGCAUAGGACGACCUUUGACCUUCCCUCAGAUGGCAGUGCUGUCACCCUGGCAGAUAUCGAGCAUUUCUAUGAAAUAGGACGGGUGGUUGGAGACGGCAACUUUGCGGUAGUGCGAGAGUGUUGCCGUCGCGACAACAAGCAAACCCUCGCUGUGAAGAUUGUUGAACGCUCCAAGCUGAUUGGUCGAGAGCACAUGAUGCAGAACGAGCUGAGUCUUCUGGGUAGCCUCCGUCACCCACGCAUCGUGCGGCUGUUGGCAGACCACCACACACAUACUCACUCCUACCUGGUAAUGGAACUGGUGAGCGGGGGGGAUCUGUUUGAGGCCAUCAGUGAGAGGGGGAAGUUUCCAGAGGCGGAGUCAGGACUGAUGGUGUCAGAUGUGAGCGAAGCACUGAACUACAUCCAUUGCAAAAGUAUCGUCCACCGAGACCUCAAACCAGAAAACCUACUGAUUGAGCAUGUGGCUGCUGGCCUCUGUCGGUUGAAGUUGGCAGACUUUGGUCUUGCCAUGGUUGUGACUGAACCAGUCUUCACUAUCUGUGGCACACCCACGUAUGUAGCCCCCGAGAUCCUCUGUGAGACAGGUUAUGGUGUUGCGGUGGACGUUUGGGCUCUGGGUAUUAUUCUCUAUAUCCUGCUGUGUGGAUUUCCCCCAUUUCGCAGUCGGGAUCGGGACCAGGAAGAGCUGUUUCAACUCAUAAAACAGGGACAACUCCACUUCUUGUCACCCUACUGGGACCCCAUCUCAGAAGAGGCCAGAGGCCUUGUCAGAGCUCUGCUUCAGCCAGAUCCCACAGUGAGGCUGACAGCAGAGCAGACCUCGGGGCAUCCCUGGGUGAAGGCUAUGGCUUCAACAAGCCGGCAGAGGGUGCUCACAGACAAAACUCAGAGGGAUUCAGCAGAUACUGGUGCAGAACUAGACAAGUCAGGACUAGUCCAGAGGCUUAUUCAGACCAAUGCAGCCAAAACAGUGCCAGACAAAACACCAGGACAAACCACUCGCGAGGGAGAGGUCACACAGAAAGGGUCCAGCACUGAGAUGAACACAGGAAGAGGACAAGAGGAAUACGAUCCACCACGGCAACUUUCAAAAGAGACAAGCACAGUGAACGCCUUUUCUCCACAGAUUAAAGUGUACACAGUUUCAGAGGCUAAACCAGGUCAACAGAAACCAGAGUGCAGAUCUACAUGCUCUGGCUCCCCCAGCAGGGAGCCAAGCAGGCCAGAAAUACAGGAUCCAGGUCCCACAGACUUGGAUUCUGGGAUCCCAGUGAGCCAGAGUGAACUUCUAUCCCAGAUUAAAACACAAUCAAAACAAAACAGACAACAGCAAUCCUCUCCAUAUUCAACUCCUUCCAUCAAUACAGCGCAAAGAACCACAGUGGAUCGCUCCACGCAACACCAUCCAUCCUCCAACCCAGCAGCUUCUUCAUCUCACUCUCUCCAUCAGAUAAACCUCACAUCUCCUCUUCACAACCCGACCACGGCCGACACCCAAAACCACCUCGCCCAACCCCAGGACCUGAACAUUCACACCGCCAACAACUCCACCCAUCCACCCACAGAGUCUGGACCUCGCUGUCAAUCUCCGGUUCAGCCGUGUGAUUAGAUCAGCAUCGUCAAUGUCAUUGUUCCAGACAAUACCACUGAUUUCCUGGCAGCUGAUCCUUGACUGACCUGCAGAUGAUCUGAUUUACUCUCUUGGGAUUGAAUAGGGUCUGAUUUGAUGAGGCUAGAUAUAUCUCAUACAUGUCUGUAAUCCAUGUAUCCCGCAAUCACAAAUUGAUAAUACAAUGAUGUGUAAUAAUGACCAAGGUCAGGUGAUGGGAAGUAGUAAAGAACUAUGUUGAAAUUAAUGGAAUAGAUUUAAUCAAGCAGGAGGUGAUCUGGAUAUAAACACGUUAGCUGUUUGUCACUGUUCAUAAUGUCAUGUUGUAUUCAUGAAAAUACUUUUUUGAAGUAUAUUUCUGAAGUGUUUUUGUUUAGGUUGUAUAUUUUCCUGCCAGCCAUGUUUAACUUUGAUAUGUUACGCCAUUCCCAGUGUAACUAUUUUGGAUUGCCUGUGUGACGACACCGACCCAUCCUCCUUGUUUACACCCUUCCCCUGUCUGUGCUAGGAUCUUGAGCUGGCAACAUUUGUUUACUAAACUAAAAAUAUCUGUACCAAUAACUUUUCAUUUUAAUCCUGGUUAAAGUUUGCCAUGUACUGAACUUUUGAAUGCCAUUGUUCUGAAAAUGUGCUUACUGUAAGUAUUUUGUAUUGAUAUUGUUUGGAAACAAACUUCUGCUGAUUGUAAUGAAUAUGAUUGUCACUGUAAACAUGUGAUGGUUA